AUGAGCUCUAUGGGAUACAGAUCGACUACAGUAAAGGGGCUCAAACAAUUGAAGGCGCCCGAGGAAGAUGGCACAGAGCAAGACCUGGAGGAUUUCCUGACAAGCUUGACUGACAAAGUAAUCAUCAGGUGGGCGGACGGAGGUGAUGUGGGUUACGUUCUGGAAGAAAACGCGGAGCCUAAGAUAAAGGAGCCCGAUCCAUUGACGGCUGCAGAAGAGGCAGAUGCCAGAAAAGUGAAAGCGUACGAUCGGCUGAUGGACAAAUAUGAAGAUCGAAGGACGCUUUUCGGGCUAACACUGUCGCUAUGUUUCAGCUAA